AUGGACAAGUUUCGUUUGUAUCUUUUGUUACAAUUAUGCGUGCUGACGGCAUCUCAAAAGACGAUUUUAGAUUCGCCAAUAAAUUUGUACCAUUAUCGGCAAGUUCGUAACUGGCUUUUCCAAACAAAUAAUCACGAUGAGGGAUCAGUCUCGCAAUCAGCGCGAAAUGAAAGCAAACUUCAAAUACAAGUUCCAUCGGACGUUGCAUUUCCUUGCAACGUUACAGGUGGCAGGUCUCCCAAUGUUCCCGAGUCGAUUCAUCGUUUGAGACCAGGUGACAUAGAUGUUAUUGCCGCGAUGGGCGAUUCUUUGACAGCCGGUGCUGGAAUUUUUGCAACUAAUCUAUUGGAGGUGUUCGUCGAAAAUAGAGGCGCGUCAGCGAGCAUUGGUGGUGAAGGAACUUGGCGAACAUAUUUGACGCUUCCCAAUAUUUUUAAAGAAUUUAACCCCAAAUUAUUGGGCUAUGCACUUGGAGAUUCUCUGACUACUCAAUCAGCUUCGCAGUUAAACGUCGCUGAGAUCGGUGCAAUAUCCAGGGAUAUGCCAUUUAUGGCCAAACAUCUAGUCAAUAAAAUGAGAAAUGAUCCGAGGAUAGAUAUAAAGAGACAUUGGAAGUUGAUCUCUUUAUUCAUCGGGCACAAUGAUUUUUGUGGCAAUAUAUGUGGACUUCCUUCUCCGUGGUUUGUUUUGAAUAAUCACAAAACUGAUUUAAUCAAUACUCUUACGAUAUUAAGAGAUAAUUUACGCAGGACUUUAGUCACUAUUCAUAUAAUGCCUCACUUAAAGGAACUCGUUGCUACACGUCAAGGGAGAAAGUCUUUGAAAUGCUAUUUAACCACUACUUUUGAAUGUCCAUGUUUGUUCGCUUUGCAAUUCAGAGAUCAAAGACAAGAGUAUUAUAAAAUAAUGGAGAGGUGGCAAGAGUUGGAAGAAGAAAUCGCCAAUUAUCCAGAAUUUCAUAGAAAUGACUUCACUGUUAUAAUUUUACCAACACUUAAACACGCGAAGAUACCGCUUGCCAGAGAUGGAUUCGCCGAUUUAUCGUAUCUUUCUGCUGAUUGCUUUCACCUAAGCCAAAAAUCUAAUGCAAUAUUGGCAAAUAAUCUGUGGAACAAUUUGUUAGAACCAGUUGGCAACAAAUCUUCUGUUUGGACCCCAUUAUAUGAAAGAUUUUUGUGCCCUACUUCGGAAAGACCAUUCUUGAUGACACGUGAAAACUCGCACAAGUUUUUCUAAAGUGAAGACGCGUCUGUGAUUUGAUUUCAAGGUUAAAAUUGUGGACAUUAAAA